ACCCUGAGGCAGGGUCACGUGACUAAACUACGCUAGCUAACGACAACCGCUGUCAGGAAUCACACUGAGUAACAAAACCCUGUAAAAGUCAAGAAGGCACGCAGGUGCGGAGUGUAUGGCAAGGAUCCUGACGCACUGGAAGGCUCAUCAGGCGAAAUACUCCUUCAUCAACGCAGAGCUGUCGGCGGUCCGAGGAUGUGGACUCACCAGGGGAAGAUGGAUGGGCAGUGAAUCAGCUUCAGAGGUACGGUCGCUCUUGGCUUCCACAUGAUCACUGUUGCAGGUACACGUUGAUUUCGUAAUGACAAGCUGCUGUGCAGAAGAUGUCCACGUUGUCUGUGACUGAUAUCCCAGAUGUUGGUCAUGAUGAAAGUAAGGUGUUCCACGGGGCCUCUGAGCUGCAGCUGGACUGCAUGGUUGAGGAGAGCAAUGGAAGUGCUACAAUCAAGCCCGAUGGCCAGCUGUCACUGACCCCCCUCCCCCAGCCAAAUGACUUCCCCGUCCCCUCACACAACGGCCCAUCGCUGACCGACAUGAGCAGCCCUCUGCCAGUGGAGCUAUGUGACAUAAAAGUGGAUCCAUCUGCAAACGAUGCAUCUGGCAGCUUAGAUGGUCAGCCAGUGAAGAGGAAAAAGGGGCCGGCUCCAAAGAUGUUGGGUAAUGAAGUGUGCAGUGUGUGCGGAGACAAGGCCUCCGGUUUCCACUACAACGUCUUAAGUUGCGAGGGCUGCAAAGGCUUUUUUCGGCGCAGCGUCAUUAAAAGUGCGCAGUACUCCUGCAAGAACAAUGGCCGCUGUGAAAUGGACAUGUACAUGCGCCGCAAGUGCCAGCAGUGCCGUUUGCGCAAGUGUCGGGAGGCGGGCAUGCUGGAGCAGUGCGUGCUCUCUGAGGAACAAAUUCGGCUUAAAAAGUUGAAAAAACAGCAGGAGGACGAAACGGCUCGCACAUCCACAGUGGUCACGCCCACGCCUCCACCAGAACCAGCCACACUUGAUCCACAGCAGCAGGAGAUGAUUGAGAAGCUGGUGGCCAUGCAGAAGCAGUGCAACAAGAGAUCUUUCCUUGAUCGUCCAAAAGUGACGCCGUGGCCACAGAGUCAGGAUCUGCAGAAUCGAGAAGUGCGACAACAGAGGUUCGCGCACUUCACUGAGCUUGCCAUCAUGUCCGUUCAGGAGAUUGUGGAUUUUGCGAAACAGUUACCUGGUUUCCUUGAACUGACGAGAGAAGACCAGAUCGCCCUCUUAAAGACAUCAACCAUCGAGAUUAUGCUGCUGGAGACAUCUCGCCGAUACAACCCUGCCAUUGACAGCAUCACUUUUCUGAAGGAUUUUAGCUAUAAUAAGGAAGAUUUUGCUAAAGCAGGGCUUCAGUUUGAGUUCAUAAACCCCAUCUUUGAGUUUUCUAAAGGAAUGAAUGACUUGCAUCUUGACGAGGCCGAAUAUGCGCUGCUCAUUGCUAUCAACAUCUUUUCUGCAGAUCGGCCGAAUGUGCAGGAUCACGAUUUGGUUGAGAGGCUGCAGCAGCCGUAUGUGGACGCACUGCGCUCUUACAUCACGAUAAAGAGACCAAAUGAUCACUUGAUGUUCCCUCGUAUGCUGAUGAAACUGGUGAGCCUUCGUACGUUGAGUAGUGUCCACUCGGAGCAGGUUUUCGCUCUCCGGCUCCAGGACAAGAAGCUUCCCCCGCUGCUGUCUGAAAUCUGGGAUGUGAAUGAGUGACUACCUUCCUGAUGUCACACUCUGUGGCUUUAUGGACCCUGACACAGACGUGGCUUCUACAAAGAUCAUUGACUCUUUUCUUCUGCUCUGGUCAGGGAUUGGUUGUUACCCUGAGAUUUUUCCUUAAGGAAGGAGAGCACCAUUGCCCCUCUGCUCUCCAAUAGACUGUUAAACGACUUUGUGUUCGCUAAAAGGAAGGUGAACACCAAGUCUUUUCUAAAAAUCUUUUCUUUGAGUGUAGAUCCACACAUGAUUUGGCUUUUCAGCCCGUUGUCUGUGAUUUAAUACAAGUUUAACUUUAUGCCAGUCUCUGUUCUCUUAGGCUACGUUCACACUGCAGGCAAAAGAGCAUCAGAUCUGCUUUUCCCCCACAUGUGACCCAUAUCUGAUUUUUUUAUGACCGUAUGAAUGGCACAGAUCUGAUAUUUUUCAAAUGCGAUCCGCAUCACUUGAAUAUGUGGUACUGAUUCCUACACAUAUCUGAUGUUUUUGAAAGCGACAACAGUCUGAACGGCCAUGCCGCAUUAAAUCCGUCUCCUACAUCACUGAGUCAGCGGAGGUGAGCUUCGUGUGUGGAUGUUCCUGAGGAGAAGCGCUGACAGAAGGGUUCAGGAGUCUGUCUGGACAUCCUGUUUUAGGUUUUGGAAUUAAAAAUACAGGAGAGCAUGUGGGAGGUGCCGCUCAAGCAGGGUAUUACACAACUCCGCUGCUCCUGGUUUCUCCACCGAGUGUGACUUCUUUUCUUCUGCGCACGUGGGUCGCUUUGGGGUCGUGAAGUGUUCACACUGGAGAGAGUUUGAUGUCGCUUUUCAGUCAGUGUGAACAGCCACACGAAAUAAUCAGAUUUACUAAAAAAAAAUCGGAAUUGAGCAUCAAGGCCUGCAGUGUGAACGUAGCCUUAAUCUGCUAAUUUAAAUCUGAAGGCGCAGAGCAGAUUUUGGCUGUUAACUCUUGAGUGUCAUGAUUACAGCCUCACAUCCAACAGAAAAAGUUAUUUCUGCAGUUGUGCUACAGAUGGAAAUGAUUUCCUGACUGGGUUUGAGCAGAGAGCAUAUCUGCUACGAACUCGGUCGGUGUUUCUUUACAAUUACUGGUCAUCUGGUUUGUGUUUUGAUUUCCAGCAAAUAGUUCAUGUUUCCUUUGGAGCAAGUACCAAAGUGAAACACUUGGUGACGAUGCUCAGGUAAAGUAAUGUGAAGUCGACCUCUGGGGAGUGGGAGCUUCUUUCACUUCUGCUUUUUAAAUUGACCUAAAGGGACCCGUUUGGUCUAGAAUCCCAUUAUCAUGUAAAUUGUAUAUUUAUUUUAACACACAUGCAUAGAGCGUACACGAUUGCACAAUCACAUACUAAUGCACACAACCACAGAAUCCUGCAAUGGAUUGGUUAACUGCACUAGUUUCCCCGAGAUCUCAACAGUAGUGCUAAUGUGCUGUCUGGUUUCAUUGGUAGAUUAUUGGAAGUUAAAUAAAAUAGACUUACUAAGCUUAAUUUCAAACAAAUUAGAUUCCCUUAAAUUAAAGAAUUGGAUGUCCUCAUUCAGCAUGAGAUGUUUAUUAUUAUUAGUGUCUUUGCAAAACAGUGAUUUUAAGUGUGAUUUUGAUGUAUUUUUAAAAUAAAAUUGUGCAAAUUACAGUAAAUGUGGACAGAGGCAUACCGAGCUGGAAUCUGGUGCAGAACUUGUUCUGAAGGUUUUCGUUUUCUUUACAUCAGUGUCUGCAGAUCUGACUGGUCUGGUUUGAAGUUUCUUUAAAGAUGUACCAAAACUUAGCAAAGCAGAAUUAAUGAGAAAUAGUUCCGUUUUAUUCAACGAUGACAACGAGAAUCUAGACGUUUUUAUGCAGGCUUCCCUUUCCAUGCCUCAGCUUGUGCAGUGUGGAGUUGAAAUACUCUGAAAUGGGUGUUUAAAUGGGUUUCAGGUAGAAUAUUUAAUUGUUGAAAUAUUGUUAGUUGGUAAUUUUUGCUCUAUACGAGAGGAAGUUGUGGUAUGAACCGUUAAAAUGAGAUGUGUGAAGCUCUUAAUUUCUGUUUUAAAAUUAUAAUCACAAAUUUACGUUGCUUCAGUUGGGAGGACAAAUGUAAAGAACUAACAGGCAAAGCUGGUGUUUGAAUUCCACUCCUUCAAUAUUUGAUUUAUUUAUGCUUACAUUUAAAAAAAUAAUUUGAAUGUCAAGCUUAUCUUUGAUUAAAUUUAAAUCUUUUCAACCAUCCAACAUGUCUGAAUUGCACUUUUUUUAAUGGAUUAUAAUAAAACCAUAUUUUCAUGACACAUUUUAACCCGUCAAGGGGAGGGAAUAUUACUAUAUUUUUCUUUGGCUGUCAGUAAAGUUGAUGUCUAAUGUUUUUCAGUUGAAUAUCUUCAGCUGCGUCAACAUGUUGGAUUUACCUUUUGACUCCAAUAUAAGUUUAAUUUACACUAAAUUAAAUUUAGUUAUAGCAGAAUGAAUCCAAAUGCCUGUUUGUAUUUUUUUACACCAUUUAGUGAAUUAAUAGUGAAGUUUACAUUGAGGUUGCAGAGUCCCCGCUGAAGCUGUUCCCAGACAGAUUUUCUUCCUCAGCACUUUUCCAAGACAUCUCUGUCCAAACUGCUGCACGCUGGCUCUGGAUGCAGACUGCAGCUCUAGGUCAGUUCCAUCAUCAGUACAGCAAAAAGUUCAGUAAAGAUAAACCAAAUGUCAGUAAAGCCGCAUUAUGCAAACUACACACUGCUUAAGCACUUUUUUUCUUCAAGAGAAGCACAAAGUCAAGUUAGUUUUGGCAUUUUCUGACCAGAUCUUCUAAAAGGUUUGUUUUAAAAUGUAAUUUUGCCAUUAUUUACAGCUUCAUAAAUCUGCGAUAAUACUCUGUUGAAAUAAGUUGAUUAGUGUGAGCGUGCAUACAUAAUGGUGAAUCAGUGCAGUGAUUUUCUUCAGUUUGCUACUAAACUGCCCCUUUGUGAUGAAAAUCAGAGGUUUGCUCUGGAUCAUGAUUGAUUCUCAUGUCGAUCAACAAGGAAACUGUCAUGCCAUGGUGUGCUGCUGUAAUCUAAUCAACUAAAGAACCUGCUCGCGUUUUGAGUUUUUGUGAGUGUGUGUGUAUAUGGUGAUGCUGUAGCUAUCAAGGUUAAUUGCACUGUAUAUACUGUAAUUGUAACUUCUGAUCUUGUUUAAUUCCAGACUGUAAACAUUACUGAUAUAUAGAAAUGCAAACCUAUUUUAAUACUUGUAACUGAAAGACCAUCUGUUUUGUAUGUACAGUAUAAAUUAAAGCUCUGCUGUAGUGCUGA